AAGGGCAGAGGACCACCUGAAUGACUCGGUCUGCGGCCUCCUCCACUGGACCUCUUCUCUCUGGGACCCGUGAAGACCAGAGCAGAGGAAUGAGAACAGAGCGUCACCACGGGUUAUUUGGGGUUUUUUCUUCUUCUUUUUGUUCCUCUUCACCCCUCGUUCACUCGUUCACUUGUUCACUCGUUCAUUCAUUCACCGUUUUCCGGAGUGGAAUUUAAACCCUGGGAUUAUAACCGCACCGAGGAGUUUGAGGAUCUUUAAUAUUUGCCUUAAUGGAGACUUGAUGCACACGGAGGAUUCACUGUGACGCUAUGACUGAAGCAGUAGAAGCGCGGUCGUCCACCACCACCAUGGUGAUCGACGGCCGGAGCCUGGACGGCGCCCGCGGGCCCAAGAAGUCGCUGUCGGACGACCUCCACACGACUUUCAGCUCGCCGCUGGCCUGGAUCCUGGUCCUGGCUCUGGUGCUCACCUGGUCCUGUGUCUUCGUCAUCAUGUUCGACCUGGUGGACUACAAGACCGUGUCAGGUCCCUCGCCUCCUGUCGUCAGGAAGGUUUUUAAGGAUUCAGGCCGGAGAGGAGGCCUCAGCAGGGUGGGCUCGGACCCCGUCGGGGCGGUGAACGACGCCGUUGAGGAAUCCACCAACGCCAUCGCCGCCAUGUUGAAGUUCUUCUCCGACCUGGUCGCCCCCGAUGAAGACGAAGGGAAUCUCUACGCGGUGAGGAAGAAAGGAGAAUUUCUCCCGUCUCGAAGUAAAGUUAUAGGGAUGCAAGUAAAGGCCACACCACCAGUGAUUGAAGUUGUGGAGGAGGAAGAAGAAGAAGAGGAGGAAGACGAGGAGGGAGGAGAAGGAGACACAAUGGAGGCUGCUGUGGAGGAGGAGGAGGAGGAGGAGGAGGGAGAGGAGGAGGAUGAAUAUGAUGAUGAUGAGGAAGAGGAGUAUGAUGAGGAGUAUAAACAAUAUUAUGAGGAGGAGCAAGCUGAAGGAGAGGAGGAAGAGAAUGAGGUAGAGGAAUUUGAGGAUGAGGAAGAAGAAGAAGAAGAGGAGGAGGAGGGAGAGGAGGAAGAGGAGGAGGGAGAGGAGGAAGAGGAAGAAGAGGAGGGAGCAGAAGCUGCAGAAAAGGAGGAGGAGGAUGAGGAAGAGGCAGCUCUAUUUGAGGGAGAGGAGGAGGAAGAAAAAGAAGAAGAGGAGGGAGCAGAAGCUGCAGACAAGGAGGAUGAAGAGGAGGAAGAGGCAGAUGAAUUUGAGGAGGAGGAGGAAGAGGGAGAAGUAGAAGGUUCAAGAGAGGAAGAGGGAGUUAAAUCCGAUGCUGCCGAAGAGGAGGAGAAGGAGGAGGAAGAGGAGGAGGAGGAGAAAGAGGAGGAGGAUGAGGGGAAGGAGGAGGAGGAGGAAGAGUUGGAGGAAGAGUUGGAGGCGGCUGUUGAGGUGGAGCAGGAUGAGGAUGAAGACGAGGAAGAUGAGGAGGAACCGGAAGCAGCUGCAGCUGAAAUUGAUGAAGAUGAUGAAGAAAACGUGAAAGAGGCCGACAAAGAGGAAGAGGACGAUAAUGAGGAAGAAGAGAAGACAGAAGCUGCUGAUGAAGAUGAUGAUGAUCAAGAUGAUGAUGAUGUUUCUCCCAAACCCAUCUCCACUUCCGAGGAUGAAGAGUCUGGCGCUCCCGUUGACGCCAAAGACAGCGACGAAGACGACGCCCCGCCCGUCAACGGGAGAGAUGAAGACGAAGACGACGAAGAUGAAGAUACAGGUGACGAUGCAUUCACUGACAGCUCAGACGUCAGUGCAUCGGCACUUCUCUCCAGCGACGAAGAGGAGGGCGAGAGGGACGCCGAAGACGCCGAAGACGAUGAAGACGACAAAUUAGCCGAGGGCGUCGCAACAUCCGACAGCGACGGCGUCGCCGACGACGACGAAGAGGAUGAGGAUGAGGAGCUCCAUCUUCCUCCUGUCGAUGCAGCCAAUGAGGAUGACGAAGAUGACGAAGAUCAUAAACUCCCCGAAGAGGAAGGCCUUCCCCCUUUACCUGUGGCGGAGGGGGAGGACGACUUUGAUGAUGAUGAUGAUGAACACAUGGACGAGGACAUCAAAAUCGCCCAAGACGGCGAUGAUAAUGAUGAUGAUGAUGAAGAUCUGGACCAAUCAGACGAGGACAUCUCCGUCGCCUCCUCCGAGCACUUUGCAGACGAUGAAGACGAUGAGGAAGACGGUGACCUCGGAGACCUCGACCUCGACGGAGACGUCGACAAACACGAUGACGUCAUCGAAGAACACGUCCAUGACGACGAUGAUGAUGGUGACGAUGAGGAAGAGGAGGGGCAACUGCCCACCUUCGAGAGCACAGACAGCGGCGUCUUGGGCGAUGACGAUGAAGACGAGGAGACCGUCUUCAGCGACGAGACCUCCUACGACACAACCGAUGAUGACGAGGAUAAAGAUGAUGAAGAUGUCGAUGAUGAAGAUAUCGAUGAUGACGAUAUUGAUGUCGGCUCAUUUGAGUUUAACUUAGAAGAAGAAAAAGAAAAAUUCGUUGAUGCUCCAAAAGACGGCGAUGAUGAUGAUGAUGAUGAUGAAGAUGAAGUCACAUCAGAGUCCCUCGGUAGCGAAGAUGAAGAAAACGAUGAUGAUGAAGAUGAUGAUGUCUCGCUUGCAGCCGCCGCUGCAGCAGCGCUCACUGUCCAGGAGGGGGCGGUAAAGACUGAGGCAGGCGAGGAGGAGGAAGACAAUGAGGAUGAAGAUGACGAUGAGGACGACAAUGAGGACGACACACAGGCUUCUGAGGAGGCUGAAGCAGAAACAACAGGCGAGUCAUUUAAACCCUUAUGUUUUAGAGACAUGACGUCAUUUUAG